AUGCUCACCAAGCGAUACUCGCGCGUCAUACUCGCGGUCCUUCUGUGCGGCGCCGUGCUCGUCUUCCUCUCGGGGCAGGACUACAUCAGUAGCGAGGCAAGACAGCAGCAGAUGCUGGACGCGCAGCUCGCCGAGCUCUCUGAGGGCGACCAGCUUACGGACGUGCCCCUGUACCCCAAAUUCCACGAGUACGAACGCCACUUACCACAACACAACCCCGCGUUGCCACCACCGGAUGGCGAGCACGCGAAGUUCCUCUUCAUCGCAAACCAUGCCUGGAAUACCGGCUGGGGCAACGUACUGCAAGAGAUGUUUAUGAACACUCACCUCACUUAUCGUACGAAGAGAUCAUUCGUCUUCGAUAACUACACAUGGGACCGGACACCAGAAGACUAUUCUUCCUUCAAUGGCAAGAAAAUCCCUGCACGGGUCCCAUUGUCUGCCUUGAUAUCUGUAGGUCCUAUGAUCGGUGGCUCAUGGGGUGAAGAAGGUCGCGAUGUUCCCCGUUCCGUCUCAAGGGAGUACUUCUACAAGACUUGCUCUGAGGUCAAGGUCAUGCGCAGCGACGAGGUCAAGGACACCUUCUCCGGUCGGGAGCCAUCAGCCAAGGAGCUAAUGGACGCAUGGGUGGCCAAGAUCGACUCCAUGGAAGAUCGUUGUAUCGAGAUUGAGAAGGACAGCUUCCAAUUGUUCGAUAUAUGGCUGCUGGGAACAGAGCGUGUCCUCGACAUCUGGCCCGAGCUCUCUGCCUCGCCAGUUGUGAAGCGCUUCGGCAUGUCACCGUUGAUCAUGUCAGCCUUCAAUGCAAACAAGCACCAUUUCGUCGCGAAACCAUCGGCGCUGGACGCUCUCCUCCCCUCCCUUCCCUUCUCUGGCCUCUUCGGCGGCAACACCGCACCACCAACACAGCUUGACGGCCUCAUCGCCUUGCACAUACGACGCGGAGACUUUGAGGGUCAUUGCGAUCACCUCGCGAAGUGGGGCUCUGUCUUCAACGGCUUCAACUCGUUCAAGGAGUUCCCCGAUCACUUCGAGCAGCCGAGCGGAUGCGGAUGGGGCGAGACCACGCCGGAGUGCAGGGCGGAAUACCUCCUGCACUGCUUCCCGACGGUCGAGCAGAUCACGGACAAGGUCCUCGACGUGCGCGAGGAGCUCAAGCAGAAGGGCAUCGGCGGCAAGCUGAACAGGGUGUUCAUCAUGUCGAACGGCGCGCGCGAGUGGUUGGAGGAGCUGAAGCAGGCGCUUGACGCGGCGGGCAAGCAGCAUGGACUGGCCUUCGACACCAUCUCGACGAGUCGCGAUGUGGCUUUGACGCUGGAGCAGAAGUAUGUGGCCCAGCAGCUGGACAUGUACGUCGGCCAGCGCGCCCAGGUCUUCAUUGGCAAUGGGUUCUCCAGCCUAACAUCCAACGUCGCAAUGCUGCGCAUGGCGAACGGCUUCGAGGCUGACACGACGCGGUUCUGGUGA